AUGGAAGUUGUUCAAAUAGAAGACCAUGUUCAAUUGAAUUUAAAUGAUAGCCUCGACACACCAAUAUUAUCCAAAUUAGUGAACUAUGAACCAUUAUCAAACACGAACCUUAAAUUUAAAUCAUUUCCCUUAAGUGAAUUAUCUUCUACUGAAUCAUUCCGAGAUCAAGAAUCUCUAGUUAUUAAAGAUUUAUUGAACGUAUUACUAGGUUUAGAUGGGGCAUAUAUUCGAUAUAAUAAUAGUUUCAAUCCUGUUAAUGAUCAUAUACCAGAUUUUAGAAUUGCGAAGAAAAUGGAUUCUACUUUAAAGGCACUAUGUAAUAAAGUUGUGAAAUUAGGGAGACAAUAUUUUUUUGUCUGUCGGUAUAUGGAACGAUUAUCUGAUUUAUCAUUUGGAAUGGUUUUACAAAGGUUAUCUUUCGAAAUUAGACAGUUUAUUCGAUUAUAUUAUUUGAGAUUCGUUAAUUCGUUGGAAAAGGAAUUCAUUGAAAAUCUUAACUUCUCCAUUAGAGAUUUAGUCCAAAAGAUCAAAGAUUCUGAAAUUGUUAAACAACUGGAGUUAUUUUAUCUAAUUUGUUUGAAAAUCGAUAAUGAAAUGAAUUUGAGGAAUAAUAUAGAUUUAAUGGAACAGGAUUUCAAUAAUUUUAUUAAUGAUUUGAAAGAUGAAACACAGUAUAAGAGUGAUAUUUUAUUAGCGACGGACAGUAGUAUCUUACCUAUUCCAAGAGGUGGUAUAAUAUUGAAAAUCGUCCAAGAAUUUAUUGAAGAUAAUUUGGGCGAUAAAUCAAGUGUUACAUUUUUGAAAAAUUUAUUAAAUAGUAUUAGUGUUAAUUAUUGUGAUAUGCUACAACAAUGGAUGACCCAAGGUGAAUUGAUUGAUCCGUAUAAUGAAUUUAUGAUUUGUGACGCGAUGAAGAAUGCUGAUUUGAAAACAAAUUACUUGAAAUAUGAUGAUAGAUUAUGGUUUACCCGAUAUCGUAUUCGUAAAGACGGUCUCCUCAAGAAAUUUGAACUUAAAGAUGGGAAUGUACUGUUAUUUAAAGUGUUAAUGACAGGUAAAUUAUUAAACAUACUUCGAACUAGUCUUAACAUGAGUAAAUUACCAAUAGAUAGUAACAAUGACUUAACUGAUUUCGUUCAGUUAACCGAGGGAACAAAUCUUGAGUUAUACAUUAACAAAUGGUAUGAAAACGCAAACAGAUUGUGUUUGCAAUUGUAUUUUGAAAGUUAUGAUUUAGAGUUAUUUUUAAACUGUUUACAAAGAGAGUAUUUUGGUUAUCAAAAUGGAAAUGGCAUUUCAAUUUUCUUACAAAGAAACAUAAUCGAUCUAUCAAGACAUUAUUCAAAGAAUCAUAAAGGUCUAGAGAGAAAGCUUUCACAGUAUUUUGAAUCUCAAAAACAAUUUGUGCCUUCUGAUAAUUUAGUUUCACAACGUAUGACUUUACAAUUAGAUAAAAACUCUUUCCAACAAGUGAUCUUACAAUACGUCCAACAAGAUAAUAUACUGAAUGAUAAGAAUCCAUUACAAGAUAGUAGUGAUAAAAUCUUACAUGCGCCGAAUUUUGAAAAUUUGAGAUCCAUUUUGUUAAAUGAAGCAAGUCAUUUACCAAAAUCAUCCAAAGAAUCUAGAAAAAGUAAUAUCCAUUAUUUGCAAUUCAAUUUGAAUGUCCCGUAUCCUUUAAAUAUCAUAAUUAGUAGAAUUUGCAUUGACCAAUAUCAAAUAAUAUCAAGAUAUAUCCAUCUCCUCCAAUAUCACGGGAAACUGCUAGAUGAUACAUGGUUUGAAAUCAAUAAACACAAAAUAUGGCGGUAUAAAGGUUAUAAUUCCAAUAUUAACCGAACUAUCAUUAAACGGUGUCGGAUAUUGCAUAAUAAGAUGAAUAAUUUUGUUAAGGUGGUAUUGGAAUAUUUCACACAAAACGUCAUUGAUAAAGAAAUUACAAAGAUAAUCAAUUCGAAUAAAGCGACUACGAUUAAUGAUUUACAAAAUGUUCUUCAAGAAAGUUUAACCAAUAUAAUGACAAAUUGUUGCCUGUCACAAUUAAUCGAAAUUCAGUUACAACUGUUUGAGAUAAUUCACAAAUUUUCCAAAUUCAUUAUUUCAAUGAGACAAAAACUAUGUCGUCUGAAUCCAACAAUAUACGAGCAUUACCUUUCAAGAAGUUAUGAAGAAAACAACAAUAAUGCACAAGACGGCUAUAAUGAAGAAGAGGCCUUACUGUUGACGUCUAAUAUUGGUGCUUAUAUUGAACAGGUUUAUUUCGGAUUUGAUCAACAUGUAGAAGCAUUCAUUGAAGGAUUGACACAUUAUUACAAUAGUAGGACAGAAGUCCGUGAUUCUGCUGGGAAUGACAAUAGUGGGCGGCUAAUUAACUCGUUAAGGAUGUUAAAGGGAUAA